AUGCACGUCCCAGCAUUCGAGGGGCGAGGAGGGCACUCCACAGAGGUGCGGGGCGGGGAACAUGUGCUCCCUGCCUCCAAGUCCACGAAGAGGCGACGUGGGGUGGGACCCCAGGAGGCCUGCCCCUUCUGCGGCCACCUCUACACCGUGCGUGACGGGCUGUCGGCCAAGGCCAACACUGCGGGGCAGCGCUUGCAUCAGCGCAAGUGCCAGUGCCGGAGCAAGACGCCGCCCUGCAGGAACUGCCCCAACUGCAAGGUGGACGCUGCCGUGAUGGCCAUCACCGAUCCUGAUGCUCAAAUGGCGGCGUGCGAGGCCAAAGGCUGCGCCAUCUGCUCCUGCCAAUGUCCUUCGGUGGGCAAGUGGAUCGAGGGCGACGCGGCCUCACGCAAGGCCUUCAAGGAGCGCACCGAGCGCCGCGCCGAGCAGCUGCACCUCCUCAGCCUGCGGCUGGUGUCGGGGGGUGGCGCGGCAGGGGCAGGGAGCGACGGCCUGCCCUGCGACCCGGCGGCCCUGCUCCCCCACAUCGCCUGCCCCGCCCACUCGGGGGGUUGGUCCGUGAAGCGGUUGCCCGCCGACAUCCGCUCCAGCCUGAGUGCGCUGCAGCAGGAAGCGGCUGCCAACGUCGUGGAGCUGGCGCGGUCGGUGUUCGAGCCUGCGCUGGGACCGCCCGCGCUGCAGGCCGUGUGUUCCUUCCUCAGCGCCCAGUGCGUCUCUAGCCUGGACGACCUGGAGUUCCUGCAGCUGGAGUGGAUGGUGACAGCGCUGCACCCCCAUGGCAUUCCAGUCCUGCUCCUCAACAAGUUCCUGACGCUGGGCAGGAGGGGCGCCCGGCAGGGGGCCGGGCUGGCGGAUGCACAAGUGCCCGCCUGA